AUGGAGUUGUCUUUGCCUUCCUCAUUGCAAAGGAAUUGGCCCAUCAGUUCUCUCAAUUCCAGCUUCCUUCCUCAUUAUCCUCCUUGCUUAUUAGGUACAGUCAAGAAGAAUUGUAAAAUCAACAAGAUCUCACAAAAUAUCUCUUUUUCAAUAUCGUGCUCUUCUGUCAAAACUGUCCGUUGUCCUUCACUGGACAGACAUGUUGUGAAGCAGAACAAGAUACGUUUUGUCCAAAAGCUACAAACACUGCUCCUUUCUAAACCAAAAUGCUAUAUUCCAAUUCAUAUUCUUUAUAAAUGUCGAUCCUAUCUUUCCCUAUCAAAGCCACGGUCCAUCCUCUCAAUGAUCCAUCGUUACCCUACCAUUUUCGAACUCUUCUCAAUCCCAACACCUCCUUUGCCAGUCAACGCAACCAAGUCUUUAUCACAACUCUGUGUCCGUCUAACCCCAGCUGCAGCUGCCCUUGCUGCUCAGGAAUUAAGUCUUAAAUCAGCCAUCUCUGACUCUUUGGCCACCAAACUCCAGAAACUUCUUAUGCUCUCGUCUCAUCACCGGCUACUUCUGUCAAAGUUGGUUCAUCUAGCUCCAGAUCUUGGUCUUCCCCCUAAUUUCCGCUCUCGUUUAUGCAAUGACCAUCCAAAUAAAUUCAAGACUAUUGACACCUCCUAUGGCCGUGCGCUUGAGCUUGUCUCCUGGGACCAAGACUUGGCAAAGCCUUUAUCAUCUCCUAAAGUUCAAUCGCGUGAGCUAAUAGUAGGCAGACCUUUGAAGUUUAACCAGUUGACACUUCGAAAAGGGCUAAAUUUGAAGAGGCGUCACCAAGAUUUUUUGCUCAAGUUUAAAGAAAUUCCAGAUGUGUGCCCGUACAACACCCCUGUCUCGGACUUGCCUAAAGAGUCAAUUGAGGCAGAGAAGAGAGCUUGUUUGGUGGUGAGAGAAGUGCUAGGAAUGACGGUUGAAAAGAGAACUUUGAUAGACCACUUGACUCAUUUUAGGAAAGAGUUUGUGCUGCCAAACAAAUUGAGAGGGAUGAUCGUGCGGCACCCAGAGUUAUUCUACGUGAGCUUGAAAGGGCAGAGAGAUUCUGUGUUCUUGGUGGAGGGUUUUGAUGAUAAGGGUGCGCUGUUGGAGAAGAAAGAGACUUUGGUGAUAAAGGAAAAGUUGAUGGAGUUGGUCAGUGAAAGCAAGAGACUAAGAAGAGAGAGGAGGAACACUCGCAUUAACAACACUGAGAUUGGUGACGCUAGUGAUGAGUUUGAGUAUGAUGACAAUGAUGAUGAUUAUGAUGACGGUUUUCAGAGUUUGUUUGAGUCUGAAGAUUUGUAUUUGGAUGAUAAUGGUGAUGAGAAGGUUGAGACAGUGGACUACAGGGAGAAUGGGCAGUUUUGGACUGUUGAUGCUCAUUCUGUUCUUGGUGGCGGGAAGCAAUCUAUGGAACCUUGGUAG